ACAUGUUUUGAUCACACAAAAAAAGAACAAAAUCUCAAACAUCAACAGUGUGUGAUAUCACGCGCGUGUGAUUAUUCCGAUUCCUUCUGAUCUCUAAGCUCUGGUGUUUCAUGACGAAACAAUGUCCACCGAUGAGGUCGUGGCCUCCGUGAAAAAAGAACAACCACAGAAAGAUAACAAUAGUCCUGAUGAUGACAAUCAGCUUCCGAAGCACUGGACCAAGGUCCCUUCAAAGAAACAUCCGGGUAAGUUCUACUUCUUCAACGUGGCGACAAAGGAAAGCCUUUGGGAGCAUCCGGGUAAAACAAGAGCACUCGAAAAGGAGAAGGAUAUCAUCCGAAAUGUUCCUGGGAAAACGGAAUCCAAAGAAAAGGUUCAGAGUUCAUCCGCCGUCAAGUCGGAGAAAGUGAUACAGCUCAAAAAUGACACCCAGUUCAAACAGCGGAAGAAUAUGGCCAAGGAACGAUUGGAUAAGCUACAAAAACAGUUGGAGGUCGAGAGGAAGAUCGAGCGUCAGAAGGGUGAAUGUAGGAAAGAAGCCAAGACCCCAGAAAGUCCGCGUAAGACAAUUGCGUCCAAAUCGCCAACGAAGAGUAAAGAAGUCACUAAUUCCAAGUCAAAGCGAAGGGAAGUGACUUGUUCUGAUUUGUCGCCUACGAAAAAGAGCAAGUCGGAUAAGAUUAGCUCUAAGAGUAAGGCUAUUGCGAAGAAGACGCCUCCAAAAGCAACAAAUAUUAGGUUAAAUAAGAAUGAAAAUAUUAAGCAAGAAGUUUUGAAGUCUACUAAUGACGUUGAGACACCACUCAAGGUUAAUAAAGAACUAAAAUCAUUUAAAAUACCUAAAAAAGCGAAGACAGAACCGGUGGAGUCCUCCAUUUUUGUGGAAACCAAAAAAGUGGAUGGUACAAGACCAAAAGAAACACUUUCUUUAAAUGCAACGGUACCUCAGGAAAAACCUGUUUCAAAGGAUUCAAGUAUUGGCUGUUCAAACAAAAUACAGAAACUUGUUCAAAAGCCCAUUCAAGUUGAGCAACAGCAAUGCUCAGCUAAACUGCUGAAACUUUCUCAUGAACCUACUACAACCGAAACAGUCGACUCCAUUAUUAUUUCACCAAAACUAGUAGCUCAAAAGCUACCAGAGCAAGUUUUGCCUUCGCCAUUACUUAAAGUUCUUUCUAAUGAAAGGCCCUCCUUCACAUCAACCCCAAAAGUACAAACUCUCAUUCAAAUUGAACCGAGCACUCCAAGCUUAGUGAAAUCUCCCGCCAACGAGCGUUUGGCCGGCAUCCGUGAAAAACUUGCUCAGGAAGUAGUCCAGCAGUCUGUUCUUCUUGAUGAGGACGCCGAAAUGACCGACCUGAGUGACGCCCAUCAGAACGUUUCCAUUGCCGUAUUAGCAACCGAUUCGGAAGCCAUGGAUUGGGAAGACAUUCCAGAAGAGGUGGCCCUGCGGGAAGUUGUUGCCGUACGGCAGCUUUCGAAUCCCAACAGUAGGGAGGCCAUAUUGGAUACAAGCAUUCCCGAAUACGGAGUUCAUCUGUUUGAUCAGAUCCAUUUCCCGCGAUUUGUUUUCCUUGUGAUGGAUACGAACGUGUUUCUGUCGCACCUCAAAGGGGUCGAACAGCUGCUCGGGAAAGGAUUUCCUCACAUUGGUCAACCGAUUCUGGUCGUUCCGUACAUCGUGCUUCAGGAGCUGGACCGUAUAAAACAUCGAGAGCAGGGCAAACCGCUCUCGCAAGCCGCAAGCCAGUCUAUCCGAUUCCUCAACGAUCAUCUGAAGCGGCGUGACCCGCGCGUCAAAGGUCAAUCGACAAUUGAGGCAACGAUACAUUUGGUUCCGGUGGAAAACCCGGACGACCACAUCAUCAACUGUUGCUUCCAAUUGCGCCAAAUAAUCGCUGGACGGGCCCGGACCGAGCUGAUGUUGCUGUCGAACGAUGUAAACCUGCGGAACAAGGCCCUGGUCAAUGGGUUGCCGGCCUUUGGCUAUGGGGAGCUGAUGGCAGAAGCCGAUAGGAUUAGGUUUGCGACUGAUGACCUGCCUCACGAGGAUGGAGCUCGGUGACGACAGAAGUGCGUCAUCUUGAGGGGUGCUGGACUUUAAAGGUGAUAAUCGCGGAACGUUGAUCGUUAACGCUCUUAUGAUAAAAAAAAUCGAACUGUGAAUUUGUAGUUUGUAGAAUAUUCAAAUACGAAAUGGAAAUUAUUGAAUUAUUUGUUUUUGAAUAACAUGUUGUUUAAUAUACAGAACAAAGAGUUUGCUUUUUAUUUCGAAAACAUGUUUUAACAAUCCAAUUUAGUGUUUUUAAAAUCAAUCAAUCUAUUUUUUUUAUCAAGACGCUUCGUUGUGCGUUUAGUCAUUGUUUGUUCUCAUGCACCUUUGCUUUUUGCCCUUUGUUAUCAAUAAGGAGCGAAUUCGGCCACGCAUGGCCAUUA